CACUUCCGCCACGCCCCUCCCGCGCGCCGCCGCGUGCACGCCGCUCGCGGGGGGGCUCGCCCGCGGCCCCCCCCACCCCCCCUCCUCUCUGCCUCUGCCUGAGGGGGAGGUGGCGGUGGUCUCUUCCUCGGCCUCAUCAUCAUCACCAUCAUUAUCAUCAUUAUCAUCCUCCGCCGUUUCCUUCUCCCGGUCCACCGUGAUGGCCCAAACAGGACCCCGGCGCGGUCCCAGAUAAGAGGGGGGGGGCCCUCGGCCUCCCGCGCACGCCGGGCCCAGCCGGCCCCACCGACCGCAGGCUCCCUGUGAUCUCUCGUCUGUGGGAAGAACGCUAGCAGAAAGGUGAAAAGAUGGGUGUUAAAACCUUCACUCAUAACUCCCCUGCCCACAGUCAGGAGAUGCUGGGGAAGCUGAACAUGCUCCGCAACGACGGCCACUUCUGCGACAUCACCAUCCGCGUCCAGGACAAGAUCUUCAGGGCGCACAAGGUGGUUUUGGCAGCUUGCAGUGACUUCUUCCGCUCCAAACUCGUUGGCCAAGCGGAAGAUGAGGGCAAGAGCGUGUUAGACCUCCACCACGUGACGGUGACGGGGUUCAUCCCUCUCCUGGAGUACGCCUACACGGCCACGCUGUCCAUCAACACCGAGAACAUCAUCGACGUCUUGGCUGCGGCCAGCUACAUGCAGAUGUUCAGCGUGGCCAGCACCUGCUCGGAGUUCAUGAAGUCCAGCAUUUUAUGGAAUACCCCCAACAGCCAGCAGGAGAAGGUGCUGGAGGCCGGGCAGGAGAACAGUGCCAACUGCAACUUCACCUCUCGAGACGGCAGCCUUUCUCCGGUCUCCUCCGAGUGCAGCGUGGUGGAGAGAGCCAUCCCCGUGUGCCGCGAGUCGCGCCGCAAGCGCAAAAGCUACAUCGUCAUGUCCCCCGAGAGCCCCCUCAAGUGCAACACGCAAACCAGCUCCCCCCAGGUGCUGAAUCCUGCGGCUUCGUACCCAGAGUCCAGAAAUCAGCCCGUGGACUCGUCCUUAGCUUUCCCCUGGACUUUUCCUUUCGGCAUCGACCGAAGGCUGCAGUCGGAGAAGGUGAAGCAGGCGGAGAACUCUAGGACGUUGGAAAUGCCUGGGCCCUCCGAGUCCGGCCGAAGAAUCGCAGACUACGUGGCGUGUGAGAGCACCAAGGACAGCUCUCCCCUCGUCAUGGAAGAGGACGUGCGCGUCAAGGUGGAGAGGCUGAGCGACGAGGAGGUGCACGAGGAGGUGUCCCAGCCCGUCAGCGCCUCCCAGAGCUCGCUGAGCGACCAGCAGACGGUCCCAGGAAGUGAGCAAGUGCAGGAAGAUCUCCUGAUCAGCCCACAGUCUUCCUCUAUAGGCUCUAUAGAUGAGGGAGUUACGGAGGGAUUGCCCACACUCCAGAGUACCUCUGGCGCUAACGCUCAUGCAGAUGAUGAUGAUCGUUUGGAGAACGUUCAGUAUCCCUACCAACUCUACAUUGCUCCUUCUACCAGCAGCACAGAGAGACCCAGCCCAAACGGUCCAGACAGACCUUUUCAGUGUCCAACCUGCGGGGUCCGCUUCACUCGCAUUCAGAACCUAAAACAACACAUGCUUAUCCACUCAGGCAUUAAACCAUUUCAGUGUGACCGCUGCGGGAAAAAGUUCACCCGAGCUUACUCCCUCAAGAUGCACCGCCUGAAGCACGAAGGUAAACGCUGUUUCCGAUGCCAGAUAUGUAGUGCCACUUUCACUUCCUUCGGGGAAUAUAAACACCACAUGCGGGUUUCCCGGCACAUUAUCCGCAAGCCUCGGAUUUACGAGUGCAAAACAUGCGGCGCCAUGUUCACCAACUCUGGGAAUUUAAUCGUGCACCUGAGGAGCUUGAACCAUGAAGCGUCAGAGCUAGCAAACUACUUCCAGAGCAGUGACUUCCUAGUACCGGACUACUUAAACCAGGAACAAGAAGAGACCCUCGGGCAGUAUGAGCUAGGGGAGCAUGGCUUUGAGAGCAACUCUUCUGUCCAAAUGCCUGUCAUUUCACAGGUGUCGUCAACUCAGAAUUGUGAAAGCACUUUCCCCUUGGGGUCUCUGGGUGGGUUGGCAGAGAAGGAAGAAGAUGUGCCAGAGCAGCCAAAGACUAACACCGCUGCCGAGGCGGCCGCAGGUGACCCUCCCAAAACGGAGCUCUCGUCUAUUACUAUCGAAUAAUCCGUGGGUUUGGUUGCAUUGAGCAUUUUUA